AUGGCGAGUGGAGAUGGCAGAAAAAGUUCAGAGACUUACAACUCGAUUCCUCUAUCAGAUGACGAAAAUGGCACUUCAGCUUUAAUGGAUACUACCUCAAAUCAAAGAAGGCCUGCAGGAUGGACAGCUGUUUCUUUCGUAUUAGCAAAUGAAACGUGUGGGAGACUAGCAUCAUACGGAUUGAUGGCGAAUUUUAUGGUGUACAUGCAAAGGGAGUAUCACAUGAACCAGGUUCAGGCAGCUACCAUCCUUAAUGGCUGGUCAGGUGCGUCAAAUUUGGCCACGGUUAUUGGCGCAUAUGUUUCCGAUGCGUUCAUCGGUAAAUUUUGGACCAUUGUUCUCGGAUCCUUGUCAAUUAUCCUGGGGAUGAUAACCAUGACAUUAACGGCUUUACUUCCACCUCUGCGACCUCCGCCGUGCGCUAAUGAAGAACUACAACACGGCCAAUGCAUACCCUACAACAACGCCCAACUCGGUGUUUUGAUGAUCGGAAUAUUCUGGUUAUCAAUCGGAAACGGCGGAAUCAAACCUUGUUGUGUCCCCUUCGCCGUCGAUCAAUUCGAUUUGACUACUGAAGAAGGGCGGAAAGAAAACAAGAGCUUCUACAAUUUAUACUACACAACUCAAACGGUGGUCUUGGUGAUCACUCAAACUGCUGUGGUUUAUAUCCAAAAUGAUAUUAGCUGGGCAUUAGGGCUUGGAAUCCCAACGCUUUGUUCGAUCGUCGCCAUUGUUUUGUUCUUCAUUGGAACGAGAAUUUUUGUAUAUAUAAAGCCCGAAGGAAGUGUUUUCACCGGUGUCGCGCAAGUGUUCGUUGCUGCAAACAGAAAACGCAGACUUCAUCUUCCGGUUGAUGGAGUCGACGGCCGAUUCUACGACGACUCUCCGUUGAGGAGAAGGUUGCUUAGAGCUAGAGAACCCCAUCUCACUACACAUUACAGUUGCUUAAACAAAGCGGCUCUAGUGAUUGGUGAUGAGGUAAACUCAGAUGGCUCUUGUGUGAAUCCAUGGCGGCUCUGCACUAUCCAACAAGUGGAAGAUGUCAAAUGCCUUUUAAACAUCUUGCCAAUAUUCAUAACCAGCAUCCUCAGCUUCCUCGCCAUGAAUCAACAAGGAACAUUCACAGUAUCCCAAGCCCUAAAAAUGGACCUCCGAUUCGGUUCAUUGUUUAAAAUUCCCGCCGGUUCAAUCAGCGUCAUCACACUCAUCGUCAUCUCCGCAUGGCUGCCGUUUUACGACAGAGUCUUGGUUCCGGCCCUCGAGAAGCUCACCAAACUCGAAGGCGGGAUCACAGUUCUCCAACGAAUCGGAAUCGGAAACCUUUUCGCGAUUGUUACGAUGUUGGUUUCGGGAUUAAUCGAAAUGAAGAGAAGAAGCUCAGCCCUCUCCCAUGGCGGGGCCGAUGGAGUUUCUCCGAUGUCGGUCAUGUGGCUGAUUCCGCAACUUAUUCUUAUCGGCUUCAUGGAGACCUUCAGUAUCGUUGGACUGAUCGAGUUUUACAACAAAGAGUUCCCAGAGAAUAUGAGAAGCGUUGGGAACUCACUGAUUUAUUUGACGUUUUCAUUGUCGAGUUACGCGAGCAGCUGGAUCAUCGCCGUUGUAGAAGAUGUUACAGGAAGAGAUGGAACCAGCUGGUUGACGGACGAUAUAAACACAAGCAAAGUAGAUAAAUUUUAUUUCUUGAUAGCUGGGAUUUCUUCGCUCAACUUCGUCUUCUUCAUGUUUUGUUCUCGAAGAUACCAAUAUAAGUGA